ACCUUUAAAACAGUGGCGGACUGUCCUUGCUUUCGGAGGACUGGAGACCCCGUACAAACGGUAUGAGGAACCCAAGAUGGCGGACUACAGACUAUAGAAGCUGUUAUGAUAAAAACGAAACGCCACGUUCGAACAUUUACAAAGGAAUACGAUGAGAAACGCUGAGGGUACCCGAAAAUUCUCCCGUCGUGCUCUGAAGAUCUCACCUUCUUUCAGCUUGGACUGACAACUCAAACCAGCUAGCUAGUUAGCCGGAGCCUGUGAUUGUUUGGGCUCAACUCCUUUUUGUAUUGUUAAGGGAUCGUGUUUAAAGAAGAAAGAACAACCUAAUGUAUAAUGAAGAAAACAGUCUGAAAUACCAAAGCUAGCUACCCAGGCUAGCUAGCAAUUCCUCUCAUAACCCAGCGGGAGAACAAGAACUCUUGUCUUUGAUUGAGGCAGACCGAACUGAGUCACUUUGUAUUGUACAAGUAGCACGCUGAGGUUCACGUUACCUAACUUUCAGAUUGAAGGUGUCGCCUGAAAACAUUUCGGGUGUAAACAGCGGUGAGGAUUUGCAGCAUGACCGACACUCGCCGAAGAGUGAAGGUUUACACCCUGAACGAGGACAGACAGUGGGACGACCGCGGCACCGGGCAUGUGUCAUCCGGCUAUGUCGAAAGGCUGAAAGGCAUGUCCCUGCUGGUGCGGGCUGAAAGCGAUGGGUCACUUCUACUGGAGUCUAAAAUAAACCCAAAUACAGCUUACCAGAAACAACAGGACACCCUGAUAGUGUGGUCGGAGGCAGAGAACUAUGAUCUGGCUCUCAGCUUCCAAGAAAAGGCUGGAUGUGAUGAAAUAUGGGAGAAAAUAUGCCAGGUCCAGGGCAAAGACCCGUCAGUGGACAUCACCCAGGAGCUGGUGGACGAGUCGGAGGAGGAGCGCUUCGACGACCUGUCCUCCCCGGGCCUGGAGCUGCCGCCGUGCGAGCUGAGCCGGCUGGAGGAGGUGGCAGAGCUGGUGGCCUCCUCGCUGCCCUCGCCCCUCCGGCGCGAGAAGCUGGCGCUGGCCGUGGAGAACGAGGGCUACAUCAAGAAGCUCCUGGAGCUCUUCCACCUGUGCGAGGACCUGGAGAACCGCGAGGGCCUCCACCACCUCUACGAGAUCAUCAAGGGCAUCUUCCUCCUCAACCGGACGGCGCUCUUCGAGGUCAUGUUCUCCGAGGAGUGCAUCAUGGACGUGAUUGGCUGCCUGGAGUUUGACCCCGCCCUCCCUCACCCCAGGAGGCACCGAGAGUUCCUGACUAAGACGGCCAAGUUCAAAGAGGUCAUCCCAAUAUCGGACCCGGAACUCAAGCAGAAAAUCCACCAGACGUACCGGGUGCAGUACAUUCAGGACAUGGUCCUCCCCACCCCCUCCGUCUUUGAGGAGAACAUGCUGUCCACCCUCCACUCCUUUAUCUUUUUUAAUAAAGUGGAAAUUGUAGGAAUGCUGCAGGACGAUGAGAAGUUCCUGACGGACCUCUUCGCACAGCUAACCGAGGAAGCGACAGACGACCACAAAAGACACGAACUGGUAAACUUCCUGAAGGAAUUUUGUGCUUUUUCUCAAACAUUACAACCUCAGAACAGAGAUGCCUUCUUCAAAACAUUGUCAAACAUGGGCAUCCUUCCAGCACUUGAAGUAAUUUUGGGAAUGGAUGAUGUCCAGGUGCGCAGUGCUGCUACCGACAUCUUCUCCUAUCUGGUGGAGUACAACCCCUCCAUGGUGCGGGAGUUUGUGAUGCAGGAGUCCCAGCAGAACGACGAUGACAUCCUCCUCAUCAACCUGAUCAUCGAGCACAUGAUCUGCGACACCGACCCGGAGCUGGGCGGGGCCGUGCAGCUGAUGGGCCUGCUGCGGACGCUGGUGGACCCGGAGAACAUGCUUGCCACCGCCACCAAAACUGAGAAAACCGAGUUCCUGAGUUUCUUCUACAAGCACUGUAUGCACGUGCUGUCUGCCCCACUGCUGGCCAACACCACAGAGGACAAGCCCAGCAAAGACGACUUCCAGACAUCGCAGUUGCUGGCCCUGAUCUUGGAGCUCUUAACCUUCUGUGUGGAGCACCACACCUACCACAUCAAGAACUACAUCAUCAACAAGGACAUCCUGCGGAGGGUGCUGGUGCUCACCUCCUCCCGCCACGCCUUCUUGGCUCUCUGUGCGCUCCGCUUCAUGAGGAAAAUAAUCGGCUUGAAAGACGAGUUUUAUAACCGCUACAUCAUGAGGAAUUUCCUGUUCGAACCCGUGGUGAAAGCCUUCCUGAACAACGGCUCGCGCUACAACCUGAUGAACUCAGCCAUAAUUGAGAUGUUUGAGUACUUGAGAGUGGAGGACAUGAAGUCUCUGACGACUCACGUGGUGGAGAACUAUUGGAAAGCCCUAGAAGAUGUGGACUAUGUUCAGACCUUCAAAGGACUGAAGCUGCGCUAUGAACAACAGAGGGAGAGGCAGGACAACCCCAAACUAGACAGCAUGCGCUCCAUCCUGCGGAACCACCGGUACCGACGGGACACGCGCACGCUCGACGACGAGGAGGAGAUGUGGUUCAACACGGACGAGGACGACCUGGAGGACGGGGAGGCCGUGGUCCCGCCCUCCGACAAAAUGAAGAGCGAGGAAGACCUCAUGGACCCCAUCAGCAAGUUCAUGGAGAGGAGGAAAUUGAAAGACUCUGAGGAGAAGGAGGUGUUGGCCAAGCCUACCCUGACGGGUCGCCAGAGCCCCAGCUUCAAGCUGUCCUUCUCCAGCGCCCCCAAACCCAGCCUCACCGGUCCGCCCCCCACCAGCCACCUCCCAGGGUCGCCCGGGUCACUGAGCAUCGGGGCCAGGACCUCCCCACCAACGACAGCCAUCACCACCAAGAGCGGCCUGGUGGGCCUUGUCGAUUACCCAGAUGACGACGAGGAGGAUGAAGACGAUAUGGAGAACCAGGAAGAGAUUCUGCCCUUGUCCAAAAAGGCGAAGCUUAGCUCUUAACUUUUUCUCCCAUUCAGUCCUGCCCAGAGUGAGGCUCUGAUCUCUACCUGUCCAGCAAAGUGUCGCUUCCAAUGAUUGCGGAAAUGAUUGGGGGGGGGGGGGGGGGGAGGAAUGACGAGUAUUGAUAAACAGAUCAUCGCCGUCCACGUUCUCGUGGGUGCAAAGAGGUCCGAAGACGAACGGGCCCCUCCCCUCCGUGGACACGCCCGCCUCCACACGCAGUUCCUGAUACUCAAGUGCCAAUCGGACGAGCGAGUCGUGAAAGGAGGGGAGGAAUCGUGGGAGGGUGCGUUGCCCCUUUUCUCGGGAUGAAAUGAGAUUCAGCUUUCCUGCAGGUGGGGACUUGGAAGACUGACUCCCAAAAGAGAAUAUAGGGGGGUUAGGCCACACAUUCAAGGUUUGGGGGUGGGGGGUUCCCCUUUGGGAUGGACGGACACAGCCUACCCCAAACAGUGCAAGCCAGUCUGCUCGCCCUCGAAGAGACGCUGACUCAACUCCUCCCUCUUCCCUUUUCUGUUCUUUUUUUCAUCUCUCAUCUAAGCCCCCCCCCCCCUUACGUACUGGGACCAGACUAAGAUGACCCAGAAGAUGACGUCCUUCACUAUCACUCAGCAGGAACCCCUCAAUAAAUGCCAGCAAAUUCUCCUUUCGUACAGCUUUCUUUUCUCUUUUUUUAAUGAAGGAGACCUGCCUUUAAUAAUUAUGACUGUCACCAUUCGCACUAGGUCAGGGUUUUUUUUUUUUUUUUUUAAGCCUCUGUUGAGGAAUAAUUGAAAAGUAGUCCCUCUUUAAUCCCUUUAUUUUGUUUUGGCCUUUGAAACUGCAGACAUUGGAAACUUGCCCUCCCCUCUUCAUUAAAGAUAGUGGCGUUCUAGAUGUGAUAAUUUUGUCAUAUCUUUUGUUCUUUUUCUUCAUGAGUGUACGCUUAGUCAUUGGGGACCAUUAAAAGAAUCUUUGAUGUAAUAUAACUUAAUUGUUGUGCUGGUACUUUGCAUUGUGUUUACUUUUUGUCUAUCUUAAGGUGUAAUUAGUUGACUACAAAUGAAUGCAUUCAGUAGCAAUACUGUUUUUUAAAUAUAUUUUUAUAGUUUUUAAUCCUGUCUAAUGUAAUAAACCUGCUCUAUAAACUACAAAUGCCAA